UUUUGGAGAGAAAAGAGAGAAGCAGCAGCAAGGAAGAUGACGGGUCCGACGCAAAGAAGGCGAGUGUUUCGGACGGCGAGAGAGAUUUGAACGACGUUGUGGUCUGUGUUACUGGCGUGGAGGAUUGAACUCAUUCUUCUCAUUCGCUUAAGGUUGUACCCUCUUCGCUGACAAGACUGGGACUCGAGUACCUGUUGCUUACCUUCACAUGUUGACUGACAUUGAUGUUGUUAGCUCAUAUGCAUAGCGUGCUGCAGCUUUUUGCAUUCCUGUAUAGACAAUUAGGACUUGCUAGAAGGGCAGGUGUUAAGCAGAUUACUUGUUACUUGAAGCUAUUGGAAGCAUGAAUUUAUGAGCAUUUUCGUUUAGGAAGGCCUCAUCCAAAUUUGGCUUGUUCUGAUGAACAACCUCGUGUAUGUCGUUGGAGUCCACGGAGAUAUGGAGGUUUUACAGAAGACCACUUGCAGACAUUACGAGAGCAACUUGACAUGUUACGUGCUAAAGAGAUCGAGUGGGAUCCAUACCGUUUAUGUAGGACACACCAUCCACUUCAUGAGGUUGCAUAUUAUACUAGAUGUUUGAAAUGCUUUGAUAUUGUUGAACCCUAUCACCCCAAUAGGGUUUUGCGACAAUUUGGUAAGGUCCAAACCAUCCCACCAGCACCAUUAUCUCAUGUUCGAGCUACACGAGGCAGUAAACCACGACAGUACAGAAUCAUGUAUCAAUACCAUGACACGAUAUGGGCGCAAUGGGAGAAUCAUGUGUUGUCCAUUAAUGCUCGUAGUGUGCCUGUACAACAGCGGCCAUCUAAAUGUGUAUGGGGAUACCGUGAGUGGUAUGCUCGUGUUUCGCACCGGGUUGUUCAAAAUCCUAUGCAUCACUCUCAAUUUAAUCCACGUGUUCAACGUCCUGAGGAUGAUGUUACUAUGGACCCUGAGUGGUGUAAUGAUCCUGCUUUCAAUGUUGGCGUUGCAGUCCAUAGGCUCGGUCGUGAUGAGUGUGUCUUGCACCCUAACAUGCUAUAUGAAACCAUUGGUCACAUGCUGCAAGUUCUUGAUGGACAGAGUUUGGGACCUACUUCGACACAUACAGAGCAUCAAGUCUACUAUCGUAAACGUCGUAGGAUGGACCGUACAUGAGGAUUAAGAUCUAGUUUUUGUUUGAUGAGAUAAUUUUGCAUAAUGUCUAGCUUGUAUACAUUUUGGGAUAUAGUUUUGUGUUAACCGUACAUGAUAUUUGGGAUGUAGUUUUUUUUUUUUGAUGGCAUAGUUUUUGUGAAAGCCUAGCCCAUACAGAAUUUGGGAUCUAGUUUUUUUUUUAUGACAUAGUUUUUGUGAAUGCCUAGGCCGUACAGAAUUUGGGAUAUACUUUUCCCUAAUGGCAUAGUUUUUUGUGGAUACCUUGGAUCUUUUGUAAACUGGAUGCUUAGUUGGACAAGUAAUGAAUUAUCAUACUUUUGUAAGAAUUUUAAACAGUUUCACAUCUAUUUUGUAGUCAA